AGACGUCGUGAAAUUGCCGCCCGAUUUAGAGUUGACGGUGGAAGUCCAUAGCCAGUUUAGACUCAAGUGUGAAAAAAGUGUUUCUCUUCGUGCAGGAUGGCGUGUAAUGGAUCCCCGGACUACCUCCCGAAAGCGUUGGAAAAAUGGAUGAAAGAAGCGAAGAUAUUCGAUGGAGAGAUAUCUCAGCUCUCUGCCAAAGCUGUGUUGAACUUUAUCAUACGAUUUCGGCGAAAGGCGCGUCUCCUUGACCUCAAGCGGAAUGCAGAUGUGCCGGAGGCCUCUGUUUGGAAAGAAAUUGUUCGAGAGCUCAAAGCUGAGAUUUACAAGGAUGUCACAUUCAACGAAGCAGCUCUGAGUGGUUCCGGUGAAGACGCUUCACAAUACAUGGCGAAGGUUAAGCUUCUGUUGGCCCUCUACUUUCUAGUGAAGACCGCUCCCCGUGGCGAUAUCUGCACAACAAGCAUCACAGCUUCCUGGACUGGUCCUGUCGCUGUUUCCUUGCAAGACAGUAUCCGAACUCUAUCGAAUGCCCGCUGCCAUGGCAUCAUAAAUGACGCAUGUUUUCAGCGGGCCAUGGAGGCGAAAAGUUUGAGGAGACCCGUUGCUCGCAUUAAUCCGCAACCACAAUCGACCGUGAAAAAAACGGCUUGCCAAGAAUGUGCGAAACUGCGUGAAGAAAUCAGCCGGAUAUCUGAGGAACUCAAAGUUUCAAAAAAUCGUCAAGCUGAGCUCACAUCGGAUGGUGAAAUCCUUCGUCGGAAGAUUUUUGAACUUACUUCGAAAGUCUCGUCACUGGAAAAUUCUGCCACCCGUUGUCAGUUACUCGAGUCCCAAUUGAAAUCCCUGGAAUUGGAAUUCGAGUCUGCGAAGAAAAGCCAUGAACUCACCUUGGAGCAAAAUCGUCUUCUCUUGACCCAGGUCUCAAGGAUUGAGCAGCAGGCAUCAGACGCCAUGUUUGGACAACAGCUCAGUGCCAUCUCAGCUACAGUCGAAGUUGCCAAAGAAACUCAGUCCGCUGUUUUAGUGGAGAAGUUGAACGAGCUGAAUAAUCAACUCGCUGCUGUCAGGCUAACGAAUGAGACUAUGCUUAAGAAUGAAUUGAAUAGCAUGCAUCAAGUCUUGGAAGCUUCGGAGAAGUCCAAGGCAGAAUUCCAGAAAGAGAGCAUCGCACUUGCUAAUGAGCUUGACGAAAUGCGGCUGAAGCUGAAGGACAGGUCUGACGAAUUAUCUCGAUUGCAUGAAGAGCUUUCUGCUACCCAAAGACAGGCUAAAUCGGCGCAGAGUGCAUUUGAACUUGCUGAAGAAGAAUGCAGUGAUAUUCGUGAAUCGUACGAGAGUAAGCUAGAGGCCCUUCAAAACUCCAUGGAGCAAACACUGGGAGAGAAACGCGACGUUGAACUCACAUGCAUGAAUCUAGAAGCGGAGAUUGCGGAAUUACAAACCCAGUACGCCAUUUUAUCAGACAGCCAGCAGUCAUUGGAAGACAGCAUACCCACCCUGCAGAAUGCCAUUACUGAACUGCGGACAGAAUUAGCCGAGAAGAAUAAAUUGAUUGCUGGAAAAUUGGCGGAAUGUGCUGACCAUGCUGCGUUGAUGGAAGAGCUCACGCAUAAGUGCGAAGCGUCGGAGCAGCAGGUUGCCGAGCUCUUUGGUAACUUGGCUGUCGUGAAUCGAAAAAAUGAAGAUCUUGCUGAAGAAUUGGAGAGAAGUCAGAAAACAGCGCAAGAUCUCAUGUUGAGCAUGGUGGAUUUCGAAAAUAAAUCUGAAGAGUUUGAUCUUCUUGGAGUAGAACUGGAGAAGCUUCAGUCGCUGAAUCAUUCGCUGGCCGAGAAAUUGCAGGAAAAGGAGCAACAAAAGACUGCCAUUUUAGAAGAACUUGACACUGCUGUGGAAAACGCUUCAGAGAAUGAAAGAACUGCGAUAUUUUUGCGUGCUAAAAACGAAGAACUGGAGGAAGAAGUUGCCAAUCUGAAGACAAAUCUUGCAGCCCUUGAGGACGGCAAUAUGUCUUUGACUGAGGCAGUGAACCGUCUGCAAAAAAGCCUACAAUGUCAGAUGAAUAAUGAAAGCUUGAAUGAGGAACUCAAGCAGAAGAUUGCAAAUUUGGAGAGAGACCUUUCUGCUGCUCAGGAUGCUAAGCACAUGGAACUUAUGAUUGUGAUUCAAGAGAGAGAGUCACAACUGCAGAUGAUGCAGCAAAGCAUGAACGAAAGUUUUACAGUAAGCGAACAGCAUAAUAGGGCUACUGUAGAAGCUCUCAAGUCACAAAUACGUGAGCACAACAAUGUUUGCCAUGAACUGAAGCAAGCCCGAGUUGAAUUGGCGUAUUUGAGUGAGGAGUUGAGGCGUGAAAGACAGAGGAAUGGUUCGCAAUUGACUGGAUUCAAACGCCAACCGCGACGUUCGAAGUCUUCUACUGACAUUACCUUCGACGACUUUGAUGGGUCUUUCCAACAUGCCACAUCACGGGACAGGAUAGACGAAAUAAAGAGAAGGAAUUCAAUGUAUCCGCAACAUCUCAGGUCAUGUUAUCCAUUGGAUGAAACUUUGCAGCAAGAGCGUGAAAAUUCAAUCCGGGGUUUCGAAGAGUAUAAGUUGCAGAGUUUGACGUCAAGCGCUGUCAGAGGUCCCAGGGAAACAUUCGUAUCUGUGACGAACACUUCGUUUUUGAAGGAUGAGAUUAGGUGUCUCGAUGCAGUUUUCUCCGCCGAAGAGGGUCCGCAAUCAGAACAAGGGCUCAAACAAGGAGAACAUGUGCUGAAGCUUUUUCGGUCUGCAUCAGAUGGCGAGAAUGUGAAGGGCUGUUCUUUCGCGAUGACGAUGAAAAUGGAUAGUGACGUUCCGAGUGCAACUGUUCCGGAUUUAAAUUCGGUUGACAUUGAAAUUGAUCUGAACCCUGCGAAACUCAAUAUCGAUGAUCCCAUCGUCCUUCUGCGCAAGCAUCCUACGAAAGUUGAGAAAUUGGAGCUACCAAGCGCUCCAGUCUUCAGGCCACCGGAUCCAAAAUUCUCUGUGGUAAAAGACUACCACAUUCAGGAUGCCCCAGAUCUUACUACCGAGUACUUGAGUGCGGACUUGAGUGAAAGCACAGAAAUCGGAACUCGAGUAGAGUACGACUUCGACGAAGAAGAUGCGGUAUGGCUGCGUCUGGUCAAUGAACGGCGUCGUGUAGAUGGUCUUCAUGCUGUGUCGAUUGACGACGUGGAGUAUCUGAUCGACAGACUGGAGAAAGAGUCGUUCAUAAUCGCAUGUCGACAAGCAGCGGAUUCCCUGAAGAAUGCGGAAAAUGACCUUCUUUGUUGUAUUUGCAAUGAUGGGGAAUGCCAGACAGGAAACGCGAUCUUGUAUUGCAAGAAGUGUCAAAUAUCAGUCCAUCAAGGAUGCUACGGAGUUCCUUCGAUUCCAGAAGGAACAUGGCUCUGUCAGCGUUGUGUACAGACUCCACCUGUGACCUCGAGGUGUUGUUUAUGCCCGAGUUCAUCUGGUGCAUUCAAGCGUACCUCCGAUGACCGAUGGGUGCACGUAAUAUGCGCCCUUUGGGUCCCUGAAGUUUCGUUUGGUAACGCUGUAUUUUUGGAGCCAGUUGAAGAUAUAGAAACUAUUCCAGCGUCGCGCUGGACUUUGACGUGCUCCUUGUGUCGGAAGAAAGAUGCGAACUUGCAUAUGAAAAUGGAGACGGUGAAAGAAGCAAGCCCGAGUGGACGGGGCGGUGUCAAGAAAGUUGUGAAGUGUGGUGCUCAUGGGCCUCCUGGCCCUCGUCCGCAUGCAUCUUGGGCCAAGUCGCCGCCGAAAUUUAACCCGUCGUUACCAGAAGCUCUGAUAGCGGAAAUUGCUGCUGGGGUGAUAGUGAAACGCAAGAAACCUUUUGUAAAGCAGUUGGUUGCGUACUGGAUAUUGAAGCGUCAAGAGCGCAACUGGGCUCCUUUGAUUGAGAGGCUUCAAACUAUUCCUAUGGAUGUUGUCCUUGCCACGUCGGGGAGGACGAGUGCGUGUUCUUCUGGCAUUCGAAGGGAAGUGGAUUCUGCUGCAGAUUCAAUUGAUGAAUAUUCAUUCGUCGAUGAUGUGUCGGAAUGCUCCAGCCCCACGCCGCUUCGACGCGUGAACACUAAUUUGAAGAAAGAAGUGUUGAUUCCAAAACAGACGAACGUGUUCAUGGAUCUCGAGAACAAAGAACAUCCUCGGGGGGUCACAGGAGCCAUACGGCUGGCUCCGCAGCAAGCUAGCAUCAGGAGUUCGGACUCGCUGCUUGGAAUCACCAACGGGGAUGUUGCGAUGAAACCUCACGUGGACCCUAAGAAAAGCCCGAUGACAUUGCAUGAGCACAAAAUCGUUUCCGAAGGAUUGUUACGCACGGCUCCUGGAUUUGAGGAUUCCAUGAAGAGCCAAACAAACGUGAAUGAGCGAUCAAAGCGGACGAUCAAACCGAAAAAGGUUUGGGAGCCUGAUUGUGAAAAGCGUGUCCAACGGACGACCCCGAAGAAACGUAACAGUUCUCAGGGCUUGAAUGGUGCUGGCCCUUUGUCAACUUCGAAACCCGCACCCAACAGUCAAUUGUUGGAAAAUGUCACACCUCCUGCAAAAAGCUUUUUGCAGUAUCGCAACUCCGAGUUUGCCGAAGUGGGAUCCGAUGACGAGGCCAGUGCAAAAAAGCCUGCGAGUCCCGGUAUUUUGUCUGGCGUGGAGUCUUCUUCGACGUCAUCUUCCUCAUCAUCUUCUUCAUCGUCACUCUCGUCGGACGAAUCUGAUGCGGAUGUUGCACCGGAAAGUCAACCUCAGCGUCGGAAAAAGGUUUCACCACCGCGAACAGAUUCAAGGUUCCAACCCCUGGAUCUGGUGUGGGCCAAGUGCCGCGGAUACCCGUGGUACCCAGCGCUCGUGAUUGAUCCUGCUAUGCCGAGGAACGGGUUCCAGCAGAAUGGGGUCCCCAUUCCCGUUCCCCCUGAAGAUGUUCUCCUUCUGAAGAAACGAUUCCCGGAUCGUGAAUACUUGGUGCUGUUUUUUGACAACCGGCGUAAUUGGCAGUGGCUGGCGAAGGACAAACUGGAUCCACUUGGAGUGAACUCGGCGUUUGACCAAGCCAAACUGAUCGAGUCAAAAAAGCCCACCGAUCGGAAAGCGGUGAAGAAGGCGUAUGAGCGAGCGGUGGUCCAUUACGCCAAAGUGAUGUCCGAGAAAGAUAUCCUAAGUGGCGUUGAUCUUGACAGUCUGAGCAAUUUUUCUGGUCUAUCUGAUGAGGUGUCCGUUUGCACCAUGCCGCCGAAGAAAGGUCGUGGUGGAAAAAAACAAGAUUUCAGGUCACGUCUGAUGCAGCAAUAUGACUUCAAUCCACAGAAACCGAUUGCUAUGCGCGGUUCAUCUCUUGGCCAUGUCAGAUGUGCGGAUGCAUCUCCACAAGCAUCGACUUCUGCGCAACCCGUGCUUGCAAUCCCAAACACGGAAAUAGAAAGAGUUCAUGGAGAACCUAGUGGAAAGGAUCGUGUGGAAUCUGUGAGCGAAGUUUCGAGAGGUUCCGGAGAACCGGCAUGGAAAGCUGCAAAACCGAGUGGAAAAGCAACUCGGUGCGUCGUUGACCCAAAUUUGCCCAUAACAGAACUCUUCAGGGCCUUUGUUAGUUCCUACCGUGCCAUCUUCAUGAAUAAGAAGAGGAAUAAAGUGGUGGAUACGUGUAUGUCUGCCGAGGAGCUAGAAAUUCUAGAAAACUGGAGGUCUUCCUGCUAUGCUCCACAGACAGAGAGAGGGAAGCUGGCGAAGUUGGCGAAAAGUAAAACCAACUUUGAGAUGAUCAAGUCACUUGUGUCUAAUAUGGACGCGAGCCUUCCUCACAGGCACCAUUCAAAAAGUGAUAAUGUUCAAGGAACUGUAAUUGACCAGUUGAUUGACUUCAAGUACAUGGCGAGCCAGUUUAUAGUGCGAAUCGAAAAUUAUCUCGCUGAACAAGAGAAGGAGAAAGUGGCUAUUGAAGUUUUGCUGGAUGAUGACGACUCAGAUGACGAAAGGAAAGAUCAAGGGAGUGCAUCGACAAGUUUGCAGAUUGUUAAUGUUGCUUCCAUGUCCAAACUUCCUGAGGAAUCUGUGGAAGAGCGAGGCAAGGAGUUGCCAGUUGCUGGAGGAGCUAGCGAAGAUGGUCCAUUUACUGGAGGAGCUAGCGUAGAUGGUCCAUUUGGUGGAGGAGCUAGCGAAGAUGGGCCAGUUGUCGAAGGAGCUGGCGAACAUGGUCCAUUUGCUGGAGGAGCUAGCGAAGAUGGUCCAUUUACUGGGGGAGCUAGCGAAGAUAGUCCAUUUGCUGGAGGAGUUAGCGAAGGUGGGCCAGUUUUCGGAGGAGCUGGCGAAGAUGGUCCAUUUGGUGGAGGAGCUAGCGAAGAUGGGCCAGUUGGAGGAGGAGCUGGCGAAGAUAUUCCAGCUGCUGAUGAUAACGAAUAUGUUUCUGAGGUUGAUGAUGCUGACGUCGAAGCAUAUGUGGCAGAUGUUGAUGUUAACCUUGANGGAGGAGCUGGCGAAGAUGGACCAGUUGGAGGAGGAGCUGGCGAAGAUAUUCCAGCUGCUGAUGAUAACGAAUAUGUUUCUGAGGUUGAUGAUGCUGACGUCGAAGCAUAUGUGGCAGAUGUUGAUGUUAACCUUGAUGUGGUUCAAGCUGAAGUUGUUGAAAACGAAACCAGUUCUGAGGCAAUGGAUGACCAGCAUAUUGACCCGCCAACUGCAGAAAUGGAACCAGAUGAAUCUCUUUUGGAGGAAAUUCAGCGGAAUGAAGCAUGUGUGCACUGUCCGGAAUUGAUUGAAGAAUUCAUGAUUGAGUACACAAGGAUUGGGAUGCCUCCAUCAUUCAUGAUGACUGUGUACUGGGUCCAAGAAUUCUUCUUCAGGAAGUUCGGAUUUUUCUUGAGACAGGAUUACGCAAAUAAAUUCAAAGCGAAGGCCCAUGUCCUCUUCAGGGAAAGAUGUUAUCCGGAUUACAAGGGCAAGAUCUCUCAAAUCUGAAAUGUUCAAGUUUUGCUGAUGGAACUGUUUUCGAUGUGAUGCCGAGAAAUGAAUUUUUUAGUGUUCAA